AAAUAAUUCAAAAUGGCGGACAAAGGACGAAAAGUUUGUUCAAGAAUAUGUGGUUGUUCUUUGUGGCUUCUGUUCAGCUGGUAAGCUUAUGUUGAACUCCUUGUACUAACAUCAAAGCUGUAGAGUACUUAAAAGAGAAACCACUGCAGAUUCUGGAAGGAUUUUUGAAAUCGUUUUGUUUAAUCGACCAUUUUCCAGUGUUAUGUAAGCUUAAGCUUACGUCUAUACAACUACAUACAAGCAGAUAUGAGGCAUGGCGAUGCCUGUGGUGUUGUUUUCUACCUACAAAGCGUAUUUGGUGGGCUUAUAAGCAGGAUUGUUUUAUACGCAGUCUACACUAAGCACUCUCAUAAUUACAGUAGUUGAAAUUCGUCCCUUCUUUUCCAUGAAAGCCAUGACUUGUCACUCACCAACAGAUGUUUCAGAUUGUGUCAUAUAAGUGUACAUAGAGAGACAACUUAGCCCAUUAUUUUAUUUAGGUUGUAGGCUUGUAUCCAGAGAAGUCGAUCCAGUGUGCUACCCUCUCGAACUGAACAUUAAUGGGAUGCCUAUCUGCUCAAGCAGCUUAUAAUAAGCAUAGGUUAAUAUACCUCAGUGCCUUCCAAAGUAAAACAUGUGUAAUUUUCCCACCCAUAUUUAACCGAAUAUCCAAAACAAUUCAACUUCUUCUGAACAGUUUCUAAGAUGUUCAGAAGACUUCACGAAUCUUCACUGUUUUCUAAGGUUACUUCAAGUAACUCAGUAACCUUAGAAAAUAGCUGGUAGUUCAUGACGCCAUCACUGGUUUCCCAUGUAAAUGAUUGAGGACUGAGGGCAAAAAUUCCAUGCUGGUGAUGCAUCAUUAAUUACUCAGAUCUAGGUAUUGCUGAUUGUAAAAUUUGUUCCAACCAAUCAUAAGCACUACCCCCAUUUUUGGUAGUGACACUGUCAGUAUGGAAUUUCCACACUCAUUCCUCAAAUGCCCUUUAAUGGGGAAAUCACAUAGUGGCGUCACAAAAUUUUCUUGGCUGUUUUCUCAGGCUAUUAACAAAUAUGCUCUGAUGACUUCUGAAUGUUGCUCAAUUUAGCAGUACAAAAAGCAAAAUCGUGGCACCAAAUUGCCGAGAUCACACAUAUCGUGGCUAGAUUACUGAGGCAAGGUUUUGUGAGGCCUUAAUAUAGCUUAAUUAUUACUAAGGACUCAAACGUGACCUUUAGCUUUUAGUACCAUUCAUUGGCUUAUUUUGGGUGGAAAUUGAAUUUAUUUUUUCAUGUUAAUGGUCACUGAAUGGUUAAAGUAGUCUUGAAUUAUGUAUUAUGUUUGGAAUCAAAGUUUUUGAUCUCAAGGCAAGGAGUGUGACACAUGCAUACACUGUAAUACAUGUGGUUGGGUGGUAUUGGUUAAAUUCCAGCUGCACAUUUAAAUUCUUAUACCAGUUGCUUUCAAAAUGUAGAUUAAUGUUAAUCAUAAUAUAGAGAAAAUAUGAGUGCAGGACUAAUCAUUACCUACUUUUUCACGUUAAAAUAAUCUGCAGGUUUGAUCUGGCAAACUGUUUUGUAAGCAGGUACAAUUCUGUUCUUUGAAAAUUAACUGUGAACAUCAUGACCCACAGGGGGCACAACAAAAUUUAAUAUGAUUCACUGGGAUGAUCAAAGGAUGCUCUUUGUGUGUUUUCUUGUUUUUUUUUUGACAGUUUUUCAGUAGAGCCUCAAGAAAUACCACUUCCUGACACAUUUAUUAAUCCUGCAUUUCAAGUGGCACAUCAUUUAUGGUGAGUAAACUUAAAGUUCCAAUUACUUUAAUUUUUUAAAAUCAUGGGGAAAAUGGUAUCAUUUAAGGCAUUGUGGCCAGUGUAUUGAAGUGCUUUGUUACAGUGAAAUGAAUUGUUGUAAUUGACUGGCUAUGUCCUCUUGCUGUUUGAGGAGGUGUAGGGCAGUAAUGACAAAAUGAGAAUUGAUAUAGUUAGGAGUGAUGGUUUGUCCUUGUUCCAUGACAUGUUGUGUACUUACAGACUGCUGCAGGCAGGAUUUGUUAUGUAGGAGAUCUAGAGCUCUGACAAUCAUGAUCUAGAUCUCAAAGUUAUACUCCUUGGUUAAUAUAUUGUUUAUCAUAAUUUAACUGCAACCCACAUAAAACAUUGAAUUAAACCUACUUGAUCACUCGUGGCUGUAUAACAGGUUCUUGUAUUUUUGGGUGUUAAAGUGUCAGAUUUCUGCCAAGAGGUUCUUAAUCCACUAGGUUCUUAUUUUUGUGGGGGUUUACUGUGUCCAUUAUAGAACUUAAGGUAGCAGAGGUACAUGUGUUGCAAGUCAAAAUUAUAUUCAGGUGAAAAUUUUUCAACCUAGGUUGAUUCUCAGUCUCUUUUGUCUCUUUGUCCUUAUUCAUGAAUAAUUAGGGCUAGGAGACAAAGAAAAUAAAUAAUUAACAUUUGUUAAAAAAUUUUAACCUGAUUAUAAUUCUGGCCUGUAACGUAUAUUUUAUACACAGCUGUUGAAUUAACCAUUUUUCAUUUUGUUACCGGCACACACAUGUCUGUUAAUCGACCAGCAGAAAAAAAUAGAAAUAAUUAAUAAGGGGAACAUGAGCUUUUUUUCAAGCUCUAUUUAUCGGUAGUUUUGAUUUUAAUGUACGGUAUUGCGGUAUCAUUUAGCCCUGUGGUCGUGCGGUUUUUUAUCCUUUUGACUAAUGGUAUUUGUUAAAAGAAGAUCUUUCACGGUAUUGCAGUUGUGAUACUGUUUCAGUUGCACUCUCCUGUCUAAUACAGGUCAAUAUUUUUAAGACUUCAGACUUAAUGGUAAAUAAUUGCACAAUUUCUGUCUUGGUUGGGCAUCCAAGACCAUCUACUGACUGGCUUUUAGAUGGUUGUCCUGAUCAAAUCGAGAUCUUCUCAUGUUUUCUCUCAAUGGCUGAGGUUGAUUGUUGUGAUAAACAGACACACAAGAUGAUUACAACAGCUUACUUUAAGUAAGCGUGACUGGUCAUAAAUGCGGUAUCGGUAUUUCAUUGAUUUUCGACACGGUAUUUCGAUAUUUGCCAUUUUUUCUCACGGGAUUGGUAUUGGGUACGGCCCCAAUGUCCCUGUCAUUAAUAUAAUAAAGAUAUGGUGUUGUGUUGUGGUGUUCCAAUCCUCGUGAUCUUUUACCAUGAUCACUUUUGCUUUCAGGGAAGGAAAGACAACACAAAUAAUUAAAGAGCUAAACAAGGUGCACAAGCCUUCAUAUAUUUUGGCCACCCCACAGCACACUUUGUACAUUUCAAGGUGAGAAUUUCAUCAAGUGCUUUAUACUUAACCCUGGGAGAUACAUGGAUACUUGUAAAAUGAUACAGCAUAAACUGGAUUUCUUAGUGUUAUCUUGAACAAAAGAGGAUAGUAAAACACACUGUAAUCUAAGAAAUUGGGGAUCCUUAAUUGCUUGGAAUAUUAUUUUAUAUGAAAUCCAUGGUGCCCAGUGCAUGAGUUUUUUGGACAAGCUUCAUGUAAGAUUUCCUAGGCACCAAAGGGCAAAAGUAAGGUAAUAUUGCCAAUCUAGGCAGUUCAUCAUUACCAUGAAAACCAAAAUGAUUGUUGACAUAACUUAUACCCAGAAUUAGUUAAUGCUUUCAGCAACAGCUUUGCACUGCUUCAUUUGGUGCAGAGAGCUAACAGCCCACAUAGAAAUGUUUCCUCCAUCUGUAACAUGGCACUAAUGAUAACUUGAUUUCGUUUUCCUCUUUUUUAUUCACUUAUUUAGCUUUCUGUUAGACCAGGUAAGCUUAUUUUUUUGGUAAUCUUAAGUCACUUCUGAUGAUUGUAUCAAGUGAUAAAGUUUCCAUGCUUUCUUCUUGUAGUCUUAAAGUUUGCUUAAAUUAAUAUUAUAUCAAGCUAGCCGAUACCAACAAGUUGUGAGAAACCCCUUCCUUACUUAAUACAGUCAAACCUUGUUAAUAAGGACACUGUGGGGGCCAUAGAAAGUGUCUGUAUUAACGAGGUGUCCAUGUAUAGCAGGUUGAAUUUAGAGAAAAUGUGAGCGCCUGCUUUCUCCAGGGACAAGAAAAACUGUCUGUAAUAAUGAGGUGUCCAUAUUAAGCGGGUGUGCAUUUGUGUCAAUAUUUUGUUAGUCUGUUUAAAUUAUUUGUAAUCCUUAACAUCACAGGUGUUGUUUGUAGCAGACACCAGGCAAACAGGGACUCCUGCUGUUACAUUUACUCAGGGGCAUGGGCUGGAUGGACCUUGGGGAAUGGUAGCUGGUAAGAAUCCAUACCACACUUCUAUUGCUGGUAGAUCAGCUACAAGAUAAUUUCCUUCUAAUCAUUAAAUAUAGAACAUAGGGUUUUGCAGUCAGUAGCCCGCCUGUGUAGCAGGUGCUUGAGAAAUUUAUCAGGUGCAAAUAAUAUUGCCUCCAUCACAGUCCUUUAUUAUAUAAAAUAACUAAGACAUUCUAUAUGUAUACACAGUAUGAUUGUCUGAGAGGCACAUGAGAGUACCUGUAUGUAAACACAGUAAAAUUAAACUGUUGCGAUGUCAAGAUGUUUUUGUUGUGCAUGCAUUAAUUACGCUUACGAAUUUGAAAAAGUGCUGUUACAAGUUUGAUGAUAAAAUCCACUGGUGACUGUCAUUGCUGCCACUUACAUGUACUUCCUAAUGUGGCAGUCACUUAGGGACUAAACCUCAUAGUUCUAUAUUUUGUAUGAAUUUUUUGUUGAUACUUGCAAAAAUCAGACGUAAUGUAAUAUUAUUGGAUUUAAUAUUAUAACGAAAUCUCUUUCAGAUGACAAAUACUUGUAUGUUGCAAGUUUUACUACAGAUCAGAUACACAAGUAUGACCUACAAACAAAAAGGUGGGUCUAAAUUCUUUCUUACCGGUAUGUUUACCAAAUAACUUGGUGAUAGUUUUUCCAGUCUGUCCACAAAUACACGAAAGACUUAAUGGAAAUGUUGUAGUAAAUUUUUUAUCUCAGGUAUUUUUUUUUCUUUUGUUUUUUGGGUAUGGUAAUGUGUGCUAAUGAAGUUGAAAGUCUUGGAAAAGAAAAAUAAAAAUUACAUGAGAUAAAAAAAUUAGCUACAGCAGAGAUAUAGCAAGAGCGCAAUCACAGGUUAAUUGCUCCCUGCCGCUGGGGACAUUUUGCGAGAUUCAGCGCAUUGUACGUUUGAUUUUUCUGUCAUUUUGUCUUUUAUCUGUCAUUCGCAAAAAUAGCUGGAAGAGUACAAUUAUUACAUUGACCAAUCAGAGCUCUUGACCAGACUCUGAACCGAUAUACGUCAUCAGCCCUCUUGUCAUCAGUCACUCGUGUUCAGUGUUUUGAGGGAUAUUUAAGUUAUUUGUCAAGGAAAGCAGGGACAAGGGAAGUAAUGGGAAAGGGAGCAAAACUCCCGGAGGAGGAGGGGUACUCCUGGGAAUUCUUGGUGGGGGUCUGCUGCCCCGUUCUCCAAAUCCUGAUCCUAUUUCAGACGAAAAAAUGUCAUUUUUACUACCUGUUUUCAGACCAGACCUCUUUGAAAUUAUGUCGUCAUUACUUAGAUAAGAACAGCUACAAAAAACAGGGUUGUCACUAAGAUUUCAAGUUGCCGGGAAAAUACAACAAGUAGGCAGGAAAUCAAACAGCUAGGGAUUUCUUUUGGUUCUAUUUUUCUUCUAUUUGCCAAUAAAAGUAGCAGGGGGUCACACUCAUAGUAGCCGGCGGAAAUCACUGGUCCCCGGCUCUUAAUGACCACCCUGAAAAAUAUUUCUUAAAAUCUAUUUUGAAUUCGCAUAUUUCUCUCUUUUUCUUACUGAUGUGGAAUUGAAACGAUAAAUACGUUCAUACACUCCUGUAGUUCCCUCUAAGUCCAUACCCGAUUCUAGACCUAUAUGUCUAUACUUGUUUUUAGACCAAAAUGGCACAAAAACCCUACCCUUUGGGGUGGCACGUACUUCUUUGGCUUAUAUAAGGGAGUACGGAGUACGCCCGCCCCCCGCCCCCUCCCCCGAAGAACUUUCCCCUAACCUUUCUCUCCUUUUCGUUCCCAUCACUCCUUGCUCGCACUUUGCGUUCAUUCCCAUCAUUCUCCACUCGUGCUUCUCGCUCCUUUCCAGCUCCCCUUUUAACAGACCCUGCUUAGGAAGGCUUGUGGAGGAGGCUGUAUUAUCAGUAUAAAUUUGUUAGACUCACUAAACGUCUCAGUGGCGGGGAAUGAUAGGCUGUAAUUGCAGGUUAAUGCAUAUUGAAUUUUGAGAUGACAUUAAUGUGCACAGGUUUGUAGCUGCAUUUGGUAAUGAGAGUUACCUUGAUUGCCCUGAGGGAAUGGCUCUUGGUCCUAACAACACACUUUAUGUGGCAAGCUUUCUUGAUGACAGGGUGGUGAAAUUUUCUUUACCUGAUGGCGCAUUUCUGGGCGUGGUGAGUUUCCAGCGUGAUGCCAUAUGUUUAUGUUACCUCAGGACUCAAAAAAUGUCCCUUUUGGUACUGAGUUCUGGGGUACUUACCAUGUGACGGAAAAUUUCGGAAAUUCCGGAUGGAAGGUAAAUGGUAAGGUCACUUUUCGGAAAUUCCAACCGAAAAUUGAGGAGUACGUUUUGAGGUAGUCCGUUCAUUGCGGUUGGUACGAACCAAACGAAAAUGUUGCUUACCAUUUACCAAUUUCUCGGUUCCUUCUCGGUUCCAGACUCACGCUACUCAAAUUCGUGCCUUUUUUGGAUUCAAACCGUAACGGAUGUGGCAAUUCUGCGGUAAACUGGUAAAUCGCUUACCAUUAUGCUUUUGACACCCCAACCGGAUUUUUCUGUCAAAUGGUAAGCACCCUGGACAAGCAGAUUUUCCUGCUGGGCAAGUAACAUUUAAAGCUCACUCGCUCAAUGGGUAAGGGUCCAGGCAAGAUAUCCUCCAACUAAAUCAUUAACUAAGACAAGCAAGUAGUCGCCCCGGGCAAACAAAAUGUGAGAACUGCUCGCCUAAAGGACAAGCUGGGAUUCAAGGUUUUUCGAGCCCUGCACUUAUCUGAAUUUCUUCACAUUUGACAGUGAUAACGUGAAGCCGUGAAAACGUCAUAAAACGUUUGAACGUUUAAUUUUUUUUUCUUACAGGUUGCUGACAGAAGCCAUGGUCUUAAAGGGUAAGAGACGAUAUAAAACGUUACCCUGGAUAAAAAUUUAUUACGUUUUUAAACAGGCUUCAUUAAGGGGGAGCGAGAAAGGGGGUAAAGGCGUUCUUUCGCAGUCUGUCCUUAGUCCCCUCUGAUUGAACCGGACUCCUCGCAUAGGCUAAAAAAAUUUACAAAGAACGCGAUGGCUUCAUUAAGGGGGAGCGAGAAAGGGGGUAAAGGCGUUCCUUCGCAGUCUGUCCUUAGUCCCCUCUGAUUGAACCGGACUCCUCGCAUAGGCUAAAAAAAAUUACAAAGAACGCGAUGGCUUCAUUAAGGGGGAGCGAGAAAGGGGGUAAAGGCGUUCUUUCGCAGUCUGUCCUUAGUCCCCUCUGAUUGAACCGGACUCCUCGCAUAGGCUAAAAAAAUUUACAAAGAACGCGAUGCAUAAAGAGGAAAAUGGAUGUAAAUUUUGAGUUUAUUAAGUGGUGUUUUUUAGCGGUAAAUUCAAAAUACUCACGCGCAGUAAAAUGUACAUGUAUGUCAUGGUUCCGGUUUAGCGGAUUCUUGCAAGUGGUCGCCUACGACUCUAAAACACGUCUGUUUCAUCGGUACGUAAGUUCUUGGAAGAUUUCCAGAAGAUGCAGUGACCAAAUUGGAACAAUUUUCAGCUAAAACAGCUUUUUGUGGUUGUUUUUUUUGUUCUACUACUUUAUUGUCUUAGUCGAGAAAAAAAUUGCAUUUUGUUUCACCAAUGUAGCUCUUGUAACAGUCUUGUGACGGAAAUGAAUAAAUGGGCGAAGAGUCUGAUAUUUUAGACUGGGUCCUUCGGGUAAGGGAAAUAUUAAGUAGAUAAAUAAAGUGUUCGUAACUCCUAACCAACAAGAAUAACUCUUUCGUUUCCAGACCCGAGGAUGUCGCGCUUUUACCUGAUGGUUCACUGCUAAUUUGCAGUCAUUACACGGAUGCGGUGAUGCGGUUUAACUCCUCUACUGGUUAGUAACAUAGAUCGACAUCGUCAAGCCAGUGGGGUGGGGGUCCUUGCUUAAAGGCCGGUUUUCUGUAGUGACGGAGUGGAAGACUUAAUCGGACUCGUAACAGUGCGUUGAUGUAAACAUACUUCGCUGUAGUUAAUUGGAGUUUUGUUUCAAGAAUACCGACUGAAGGCCACUGAAAAGCCUUUUAACUGAUUUCUUAAUCGUGUUAUUUGCAGGUGAGAAGCUGGGUGUUUUUGCCAAAGUGGAAAAACCAGUUGGUUUGACCGUGGGCUCAGAUGGGUGAGUUCAUAUAAGCAAGAAUCGUUCGUAAAGAAGGCAGAGAAAUUACUGCAGUGUCAACUUUCGGCAAUUCAUCACAUUAACAGGCUUAUAGUAGUUGCCACUCAGUGGUUUAAAGUUUCAGUGUGUGUUUAGGUUUAAGUAGGUAGACCCUCACCGGCUGAGAGGCAAAUAAACUGUACUACGGAAAAUCGAGGCUGUGUUCAUGCUACAGCUGAUGCUAUACCGGAUAGCCGCUCUUGCGCCGGCGCGAAAACCUGUCGUACCGGAUAGGUUCGGAUAGGGCUUCUGUUCAAUUGAUUUCGGCGUGAUUUCUGUAACGGAGCGAAGCUACGCCCACGCCGAUCUCGAAAAGAGGAACGUCACAUAUGGGAUAGGUUGGUUCCACAAUAGUCUGCUACACAGCCGUUUAUAAUGUCGUCACGCAACGCUCCUUCCCAAGAGGAGCAGGAGCGUUGCGUGACGUGACGACACUAAAACCGCUGUGUAGUAGACUAGUGCCACACUGGUGUAGUGUGGACAGGUAUUCGGACAAUAGAGGAAGUGAAUAAGUAGGAGCGAGGACUGGAAUAAACUGAGAAGGAAAACAUUUACUAAACCCUUUUGGUCAACCGCCCCGGCACGGUAUUCAAUAUGCGUGAACGUCUUGUUCCAGUUCUGUGCUGUUGCUGUUCAUAAUGUACCGGAUAAGGUUUGAACAUAAUCUGAGCUCGAAACAUCAACUUUUGAUUUUUUUUUUCAGUAUAGUGGUGAAUUUACCUUAUCCGCAAUGCAGCUGAUAAAUAAAACUUUCGUGUUCAAAUUACUCAUCAACACAAAUGUAUAGUAGCAUCUCUCUGUAUUGUAAUUGCUCUAGCUUGAAGAAUGUAAUUAUCAGCAAGUGGUUAAAUCUGAUGCCGAGUAACCAACAUAAGUUGUUCUCAUUUCUUGUUCCACAGAAACGUGUACGUGACAAGUUAUGUUACAAAUAGCAUCCUUCGGUUUGACGGGCAAACAGGUUGGUUCAUAGUAACACGAGACAAAGUCAGUCUUGCUAGACUUGAGAUAAUCUGUUAACAGAUAGGCCAACGCCCAGUGGGAUCUCAGAGCGAAUUCUCUGCUCCAUCCUUUGUGUCUUAGUGCUUCGCGGAGCAACAUUCAUUUGUGCAAUUUUGCCACUUCCUCUCUGGCUUCGUAGCUCAGUUGGUAGAGUGACGGUACAUUUUACCGUACGACUCGGUUGCCGCGCGUGGUUCCCUGAUACCCGCUCUUUACGGGUGCCAACGUUCAGUUAGGUUUAUGGGUUAUAAAAAAAGCAGUUCACUUGUCUGUCCCAUCUGCUGUUUUACAGUUAGUCUAACGAUAAGAAGCGAUCAUAUUUGCCGUUGUUUUAAUCCUUUCGUUCUUACUGACUCUUCCCUGUGUAUCCGAGGGUGGUUUUCGCCAAAAACAACAACAACAACAACAACAACAACAAACAAACAAACAAACAAAGGAACUAGUUACGUGAUAACCAGGGCCGACUUGAUCGAAGGACAAUUUAGCGCCGCAAAUCCCGGCUUAGUUACCACGACAAGUCAAUUGCUAUGGUUUCAGUUAACCAAGACUGAGAAUGAUUCAUUCUCUCUUGAGUUAACCGACCGGGCGCCGAACAAUUCGGCCCAGGGACCUGUUUCUCGAAAGUCCCAGUAACUUUUCGGGACCGGGAAGCUUUUCUGCGUUGGUUGUGUUUGCAUUCUAGAUCAAAGUUUCAAUAAUUUGAAACUAAUAAAUGAAACUAUCAGUUAACGAAGCAAAAUUGACUGGUUUGUGGACUAGGAACUGGGCUACUUUUCAACAGGUUUUUAAAAGUUUCCGGGCCUUUUCCGAGAAACGGGCCACAGGCUAUUGGGAGCUCCCAGUUGUUCGAAGACCGAUUAGCGCUAACCCAGGGCUAAAUUUUGUCCCAGGGCCGAGUAGUUCAAAGCCGGGUUGAGAUAACCCAGGGUUAGUGCGAGAUUUGAAUUCAGAUUUGAAAGCUUAAAAAGCAUUUCAGUUUUAAUUCUUUUUGUGUGCAAGUUGAUGAUUGAAAGCUCUAAAUAUAACAGAGGAAAUUAUCCGAGAAAAUGCUUUUGAACACAAGAAAGAGAAACCCGGGUAAAAUUUAACCCCGGGUUAAGCGCUAAUCGGCCUUCGAACAACUGGGCCCAGGUUUCUAUUUCUUUUGUUCAAAAGCAUUUUUCAGAAUAAUUUUUUCGAUUCUUUUUACAGCAUCAAAUCAUCCAAUUGUGGACAAAAAGAAUAAAACUGAAUUUGCUUUUUAAACUUUCAUAUCUGAAUUGAAAUUUUGUACUAACCCUGGGUUAUUUUAACCCUGCUUUGAACAACCCAAACUACUCCAAUGUACAGUUAAGUUGUCCAAGCGAAAAUUUACAAAUAGACCCUUUCUGUUGUAGGCGAGUUUAUUGAUGUUUAUGCUGCCGGCGGUGGACUAGAAGGACCAUCAAGUGUCAGGUAAAUGGGAAAAAAGCUCUUGCAGCCAGUGAAGUGCCGUGACCCACUGAUUUUUUCAACAAGAAUUCUACCUAAAAUGGAUCAUUCCAAUUGAUUUCGUAAGAUUCUUCCAGUUGCCGGAAAGAUUUUUAUCCCCAUAAAAGAAGACCCUCAGUGCGUUGUCUCUCACUCAGACGUUAGUUGUUGUAACGUAAUGUCUGUCAGCCAGCGGGAGUAUUCGCAUUGAAUAUUCCGCCGGUAGCUGAUUAAAAUCACGCAGCUAGCAAGAAUUGUACCUUAAUAAAGUUUUUACCAGCCAGCUAAAACUCAGCCUGCGGAACGGAUAUUUUGUGGAAUUGCUCCAUUGGGUACUUCUGAGUGUUCUUACGUUUUGAUUCUAAGACGAGAAGAAGUACGAAAUUUUCUCAAUUUCAAGUAGGGCGUGAGCGUGAACCAGCGUCAUUUUGACGGGAAAAUAUGGAAGCCGUCGUCAUUCUACGACGAGUUUUAGCGAGCAUGUCGUAGUGGCGGCGGAAACAAGUUUAAAUGUUGAAAGUUUUAUCAUUUUGCGAUUGGGAGAGGGUAUAACUCCCUUUAAUAAAGAUAACAGUGCUAACUGUUCAGGUGAAUCAAAAGUACAACGAAGUUUUCCGGGUUGUCUUUUUUUUGAGAAUACGCGAGAAAACGUUAAGUCAAAUCUCGUACUAGGUAGUCGUUCUCGUCCUUGAAUAUAAAGGUCUUUAAUACGACCUAACGUGCACCCACAGUUUUAUAAUGAAACUGACGUAACUUUUUUAUGUCUCUUUUGUACAGUUUUGCUGACGUGCGAACUCUUUACGCAGCCAGUUAUGAUAGUGACCGAGUGGUGCUGUAUAAUAGUACCUCAGGAUUUUCUUACACUCUUCCUGGAAAACGAAAUGAGCAGCCUGGAAAUGGUAUGUACAAUUAUGACGUAAGAUCCAUUUUAGUAGCCUCCGAUGCAGACGUUCUUAGGAAGGCGUGAACGAACCCCUUAGAACAGGUCAUGACAUUCCUGGUUGUACAGUGACUCGUUCAUACCCGUUUUAAUUCUGAUAUAGGAGUCAUAUUUUUUGCAGGAAAUUUCUCAAGUAUUUGGCUAAUCUGCGACUAAGCUCUCCCUUUAUGGCGAGCGCAGCGAACCGCGAGAGAACUCGCGUCUCCUUUCGCGUGCUGCUCUCGCGUGACUUCUCGCAACUCCCCCAAAUGGACAGCCAGCCCACGCACUCGUCUAAACCAUUUGUAUAGUCCGUCGACGCUCUAUACAGAAGGUUUACAGCGUCUGCGACGCAGGCAAAAGAAUUUGUCGCCAAAAAGAAUUCCUACAGAUUGCGUAAAGCCUUUCUCAUGUUAGCCUGGAACAGGCUCCAAGAUAAUGGGAAAAGCGGAUCGAAAAGUGUUGCGCCAAAACCGCGUGGUGGCGGGGGAGAGACUGUUCGCUCGCUUUUUUUCGCUAAAUCCGCACUGACCGAGAGCCUGGUACGGGCUAGUCCAUAACGUCAGCCUUAGGUCAAGACAAAUUUCCAUCCCCGCCUGUGUUGGUGUAAGUAGGGCACGAGGUGUUCACGUGUAAACUUAGGCUCAUCGAAUAAUUCUGAAUUUUUUCAAAUGUCAUUCAUUAUUGUUAUUGUUGUCUUUCAGGUUCUUUCAGGAAUACAACCCGAGACAGAUAACGAUUACUUACCAUUUAUUUUCCAACGAAUUUUAAAUACUAUCAAAGAUUUUCAAGAGAGAAUAAAGAACGGUCCUUUUUCUUCUUUUGGGAAUUUUCAUCAUGUUUAUAGUACAUGUACCUCUGUGAGUGGUAGAUAUAUUAAUUUUAGCGAACAAAGUCGUGUUUUACUCACAUUUACUCACUCCGAUCUGUGCUGUCGGCCUAACAGAAUACAUCACACUUUUAAAAAUCGUUCAACAAUUCAUCUUUAUUGUGGAAACAUAGUUUAUUUAAUAUUUUUCAGUCACUUGAAAAUAAAUAAAUAAAUAGUAUUCCAUCGAUUAGUCCGGUGUUUUAAAAAUUUUAUCGCAGUUUUUUAACUGCCUUAUGGCGUUCGUGCUUCUCAAUAGCUUUCUUUCACGAAUUAUUUUAUACGUUCAUACGAAAAUGAACGGUAUGAAUAUAUUUAAAACAAUUUAAUAACAUGACCAGUUCUCCUC